AUGUACAUAGCCGAAGAUGAUACCGGCCUCAUCAACACUAUCCCUACCGCUGUUACUGAACAAGCCCUUCUAAAUCAAGACUGCAAAGUAUACUCUGCCACCUAUUGGAACUUUGCCAGUGACCAAGGCCUCCUUGCGUGCAAUAAUGUACAAACACUGUCAGCAAAUGAAGUAUAUGUCAAGAGGUACGACUUUGACCACAACGGUAAAUUCCUCGUUACCACUCCUACUGCUACUCCACGAGGGUUUGCGUACAUGCCUGGGGACUAUUACAACAACACCAGUCCCUACAAGUACCUUCACUUUUGGAAAAAGUUGGCUACAACCACCAGUGUUCCUACAGAUCCUGCAACCUUGGUUCCAAACUACGUCGCAUUUAGCCCCUAUGCACAUACUCUCCAGCCCAUCUUCCUCUUCCUUCCCUACAUCGAACCCGUCUCCGCCUCUGAAGAUAUUGUUCGCAUGAUGGGUCACGUCCUCCUCGAAACACAACUCACCAUGACCCUCAUCGCACCUCCUGAUGGCUGGCGAAACCUUGCCAGCACUCUCAAUGUGUGGAUAAACGCAAACUCUUGCCAGCUUGAUACUGGCACUUACACAGAUACCACUUUGCUUUUUCCUACUUUUUUCAAUCACCCAUAA